GCGCGGCGACAGUCACGCCGCGGGAAGGACAGACGCACGCGCUGCCGGACCCUCCGCGGCCAUGGCCGAACACGCCGCUCGCCGCUGCUGCCUGGGCUGGGACUUCAGCACGCAGCAGGUGAAAGUUGUUGCUGUUGAUGCAGAGCUGAACGUCUUCUACGAGGACAGUGUGCACUUUGACAGAGACCUUCUAGAAUUUGGGACUCAGGGUGGAGUUCAUGUUCACGAGGAUGGGCUGACAGUGACUUCUCCAGUCCUGAUGUGGGUUCAGGCUUUGGAUGUCAUCUUGGAGAAGAUGAAGGCUUCAGGCUUCGACUUCUCUCAAGUCCUCGCCUUGUCUGGGGCAGGCCAGCAACAUGGAAGUGUAUACUGGAAGACUGGGGCCAGCCAGGUGCUGACAAGCCUGUCACCAGACCUCCCGUUACGUGAACAGCUGCAGGCCUGUUUCUCCAUCAGUGACUGCCCAGUGUGGAUGGACUCCAGCACCACAGCCCAGUGCCGCCAUCUGGAGGCCGCUGUGGGUGGGGCCCAGGCUCUCAGCUGCCUCACCGGGUCCCGCGCCUAUGAGCGUUUUACAGGAAACCAAAUCGCAAAGAUUUACCAGCAGAACCCUGAGGCCUACUCACACACAGAGAGAAUUUCUUUGGUCAGUAGUUUUGCUGCUUCCCUAUUCCUUGGGUCUUACUCCCCGAUUGACUACAGUGAUGGUUCUGGAAUGAAUUUGUUGCAGAUCCAGGACAAGGUCUGGUCGCAGGCUUGCCUCGGUGCCUGCGCACCUCAUUUAGAGGAAAAGCUUGGCUCCCCAGUACCAUCCUGCUCAGUUGUGGGAGCCAUUUCUUCCUACUAUGUCCAGCGCUAUGGAUUUCCUCCAGGAUGCAAAGUGGUGGCCUUCACUGGGGACAACCCAGCAUCGCUGGCAGGCAUGAGGCUGGAGGAAGGUGACAUUGCGGUCAGCCUAGGCACCAGCGACACCCUAUUUCUCUGGCUCCAGGAGCCCACACCUGCCCUGGAAGGCCACAUCUUCUGCAACCCAGUUGACACCCAGCACUACAUGGCGCUCCUCUGCUUUAAGAAUGGCUCCCUCAUGAGAGAGAAGAUCCGCGAUGAGUCUGCUUCCCGUUCCUGGAGCGAGUUCUCUAAGGCACUGCAGUCCACAGAGAUGGGGAAUGGCGGAAACCUGGGUUUUUAUUUUGACGUAAUGGAGAUCACCCCUGAAAUUAUUGGGCGUCAUAGGUUUAGUGCAGAAAACCAUGAGGUGUCAGCAUUCCCCUGGGAUGUGGAGAUUCGAGCACUGAUCGAAGGACAAUUCAUGGCCAAGAGGAUUCAUGCCGAGGGCCUGGGAUAUCGAGUCAUGCCCAAGACAAAGAUUUUGGCCACUGGAGGGGCAUCUCACAACAGAGACAUCUUACAGGUGCUUGCAGAUGUGUUUGGCGCCCCGGUGUAUGUCAUAGACACCGCCAACUCAGCCUGCGUGGGCUCUGCAUACCGAGCUUUCCAUGGCCUUGCAGCUGAAACAGACGCGCCCUUUUCAGAGGUUGUGAAGUUAGCCCCAAACCCCAGAUUAGCUGCUACCCCAACCCCAGGAGCUUCUCAGGUCUACGAGGCCCUCCUUCCACAGUACACCAAGUUCGAGCAGAGAAUUCUGUCCCAGACCCAGGGGCCUCCGCAGUGAAUUCCACAGGCCCAGGCGCCCCAGUUAACCCUGCCUGCCCAGACUCACUGAUCCCACUUGAGGACGUAGCCCUGGACAGCAGGGAUCUUCUGCCAUAUUCUGAGUGGCUCUGUCUGCCCACCUGACUCUUUGCAAUGUGGGCCCAGGACCAGCUUGAAGCCCGCCUUAGCACAUCUUCCUGAACAUAAAUGGGCUACUUGUGUCCCUUUGCCUGUGUGCCCAGAGCUGGAAAGCAUCUCUCUUUUCCUGUCUUUUAUCCAAGGAGGCAGGAUAACACUGAGUCUGGGAUAUGUCCAAUAAAAAUUGUGACUUUUCCCCUU